AUGAGUAAAAAAAAGAACAACAAACAAAUCGAUAUAUCUGUGCAGGCGAGCGUUCGCGGACAGGAAACUAGGAUAAUAGAGAAACCUCGUCCGGUGGUCGGAGAUAUCAGGGUGUGGUGGAGAGAGACCACGCCCUGGAGGAGGAGCAGAGGCUCGCGUGCGCGGGAUUAUCACCCCCUGGAUGCGCUGUCUGAUUCUUAA